AGAGGUCCCACGACUAGCAUUCCAAGCUGGACUCUCCAAGCCAAUCAGCUUGGGACUAUCCCGUCGCUUUUGGGAUAAGAUGCCACCUCCUAUACUACUUACAUCACAUGUACAAGUAUUAAAGAAAAUACUGUAAAUAAUAUCUAUAUAUCUAUGUUCUUUUUGUUAUGAGGUGGGAUAGACACAGAAAAAAAUAUAGGAGUGGAGAGAAAAAAAGCUGAGGAAAAAGAUAAGACAUAUAUGGAUACACAAAGAUUACCCAAGAAAGAAGAAGAUGAUUAUCAACCUUCUUCAACCAUCGAGUCCAUAAAUGCUUUCUCUCGAGAAGACCGACACAACUACUCUAUGGAUGAUUUUGACAGCAUUUUCGACCUCAACCUUGACGGUUCAAAAUGCUCUCAAGAACUCACCUGGGAUUUCUUUAAAGAAGAUGAAGAUGUAGAGGAAGAAGAAAAAAGAUUGAGUACUGAUCAAGAAGGCUCAAGUUCUGGUGUUUGGGAUAAUAAUAUGUCGACGGAUUAUGAAGACAAAGAGUUGGGUCUGAAGCUGAACUUGAACCAUCAAGAAGUUAUUAAUGCUUGGUCUGAUCGCCCCCAGCAACCUCUGUGGACAAACACUUCACUGCUAAGGGGUCCGGCCAAUGCCCUUUAUAGUGGGGAAGUACCGGUGAUGGAUGAAGGGAGAAACACGAGAAGAGAAGCGAGUGUGUUAAGAUACAAAGAGAAGAGACAAAGUAGGCUCUUCUCUAAGAAGAUAAGGUAUCAAGUCCGAAAGCUCAACGCCGAUAAACGACCUCGUUUCAAGGGUCGGUUCGUGAGAAGGGAAACUUAAAAUGGAAAAGAAAAUAUCUGGAAGAAAAAUAUCUCCAAUCUUCGAUAUGUUUUUUUAGUAGUACUAUUAUUAUGAAGAUUUUUAUUUCAUAUGUAUUUGUGCUUUUUGAGAUAUCAUUAUCGUCUUUUACAACUUUGUCACAUUUUAAACGAAAAUAUCACCUCGGCGAAAAGAAAAGGAGAUGCAAAAUAUCUUAUAAAGCAAAGGAGUUGAAGAUUA